UGACUAAUCUAUGGACUCUGAGAUUGCACAACAUCACUGGAGACUGACGAUACUGACAGAGCAGGACAGGAGACGAAAGAAAGAAAAACAGCAAAAUGCAAAAAUCAGCUUAACAUAAGUUCGACCGGUGGACUAACCUUAGGAUACAGGAAGAGAGGAGUAGCACAAAACAAGAAGUUACAUGCAGACUAUGUCUGUCUAGUAGUGUGAACACAUGAGGGCAAGAAUUUGCUUGCCAACUCGUGGUUGCGUGAAGACUGAAACCCAUUAAAAAACUGACAAACACACUGUGUAAGAGAGGUACUGAGCACAGUGGUGUAGAGAUGCUCAGGAGAGAGACUGGGAGCGCAUAGACUAAGAAGGAAAGCAGGGCCCCUGAGGAGACACAGCAAGGAGGAGGAUAGUGGAUCAUUAUGGGAGUCAAAUGCAGGGCUUGUGUUGCCAUUGUCUUCAUCCUCCUUUUGCUUGGUUCCAUGUGGCUCCAUGGGAAUCUGGCGGACCACUGGAAUACCUGUCCAAAGGUUUAUAGUGUAAAAAACAAGGCUUUGUCUUUCAUUAGAGUUAAUAGUUCAGAUGACAAUGUGCCUCCAUUGAGGGUGUGUCCUGGCCAGAGGUUUCAAGUUGCCAAUUUGCUGGCUCACCUGCAGGCAGCUCCAGUCUCAACCAAUGAUGUGCUGCUAAAGCCGUACCUGGCAAGCUGGGAUGAGCUUAUCAAGUUUUUGGAAGCCUUGGGGCCAAUGGUGGGAUUAAUUUCACAAGAAAUUGAGUCAAAAACUGCCAUCAUCCGUGACCUGGCCCAAAAAACAGAGAAAGUGGCAGAGAAGAAAAUGAAAGAAAACAGAACGCACCAGCAAAGCGACCCAGUCUUAAUGAUAUCUCAUAACAGCUCUUCAGACCACUCUGAAAUGAAUCACAGACUCUCAUUUGGUUACACUUCAGUUCGAUCUAUGAUUAAAUGGGAGCUGGAGAACGGUUUGGUGGACUUCCACAAGCAGACAAACUCGGGCUGCAGGACUCUGUUGCGCUUGCAUCGUGCUCUGCUCUGGCUGCAAAAUUUCCUGUUGGAACUGGGGAAGGACACAACUGAAGGAGAGCAUCUACAAAGCCCUUCUGACCUCUGCAAAGAGACUUACCAGCGCACACUGGCCCACCAUCACACCUGGUGGGUAAGGAAAGGAGCAGAGCUGGCUUUUCUUGCUAUGCCCGAACGACCUUAUUUCUACCAGUUGGUGUGUGUGGAAACGCAGGCAGAAGCUGCUGUGGUGCUGAACAGGGUAGUGAGAGCAAUAGAAGAAGUGUACGAGAGAAAUGAACUCACUCUACAGGAACACAGCAUGCUGGACCUACCCUGAGCAUAGAAAGAGAGAGAAAAAUCAUGGGAAAUAUGAGCGGGACCAAUAGGGCACUAAAUUAUAAGACUGGAGCUUUGAACCCUUAAGAGAAAAGAAUGAAGACACUGCUGGAUAAAUACUUAUCCAGGCUUACUGAUAUACUCAAAGAAAGAUCAGUUUUUCAGAUUUAGUGACCACUUUUCUUAAAUUAUUAGUGAACAAACUCAUGAAAACUGGAAUGGGCCAUUUUUAUUCUUUAUCUGUUAGUGAAAAAAGGUUGCCAAGUAAGAAAAAAAAUAAAUAAAACAAACAAACAUUUCACUAUUUAGCUAUUAAAUUCACAAUUACACUUUUGUUGUUAAAACAACUAAAUAUACAGUAUACUGUUGGUGCUAAUGCAUGACCACUGACCAAUACUUGAGUACCUUUUGCAUAAAGAGAACACAAUAAACCAAUAACACACAUUUUUAUAGUAACUAGGCAAUGGAUGAAAAUUAUGAACUGGUAAACAUGCUGUGUUCAGUUCUUGUCAUGUUUUCUUGAUAUUGGAGAAAGCCAUGCAUUGAUUCUUGGGAAGAUAUUAGCAGUUUUCAGGUUUGCACCAUAAUAGUAGCCUACUAGUCGAUUAUGAAAGAUGCAGUAAUGCAUGCUCAGCAAAUGUACAGACUAGUCCGAAGUCCUGUUCCAACAGAAGACCUUUUUUACAAUCCUUAUGCUUAUCAAAAGCAGUUUUAUUAUGGCGUGACUGAUACCUAAUGAUUGUUCAGGGGAUAUUCUCUCACAUGCACACUUACAUUUAUUUUGGUAUCAUGAUAUAACAAAUUAGAUCCAACUUCGUUUUUUCUUUCUUUUUUUGGAAUCUAAAAGUGGCUAUAUAUGAAGUGUUUAGUCUGAAAAAUUAUAUUUUGAAAUAAUUUUGAACAGUAAAUUAAAAAAAAUGUACUGAAAUGUCUAAAACAUUAGUAAUAACUGUUAUAAUUUCAAAAUAUUUAAUUUAGUUAAACUUAAUUUUGUAAUGCUACUGACAUACACUAUACAAACAUAUGCAAUUAAUGAGAGAAUAUGACAAUUGAUUUGUAAACAACAACAACAAAACAGUACCAAACUGUCACUGGGAAAGUACCUUUUCAAAAGGUACACUUUAGAUAAUAUUUUAGAUAAUUUAAGUACUAAUAUGUACCAUUUAGGGGUAAAUAAAAUACAGAGAUGUACCUUUUAGCUUUUGUAUCUCAGGGUAUUUUCUGGGAGUGUAUUGUAUUAACAUAUAACAUCAUAUGGUUAUGUCUCAUUAUCUCACAUUAGGUCACAUAUGUAUAUUAUUCCAGGGAGCCAAAGCUAAUGCAAAUAAGGCAAGGCCUUCAAAUCAAAUCCAUUUAAGAGACAACUCUUUGUAAAGUCUUACAGGCUGCUGUUACUAAUGCUGUUACUAAUGUGUGUGAGCAUAAGGGCAAAAUUACACGUGACAUUCUCAUAUGGACAGUGGUAAUAACCGGA